UGCCUGGCUGUGAUGCACUUAACAGCAAGAAAAAGAUGGCACACUCACAAGGGCACACCCCUCCCUAACACCGUUCAUAGGUAUAGGAAUUUUUGUCAACACACCAAAGCAACAACCACCUAAAGUAGGACCUUUGAAAAUUUGACACAGUGCAACAAAAUCCCUUCAUCUUAUCUCUUUUCCUUCAUGCACAGUCACCACCCUUUGUCUUUUCUAUGGCUAAAAUCUGGAUUGAGGUAUGCUUGAUAUCCGCUCGUGGGGUGAGGGGUUCACCCUCACUUUGGAAGCGUCAGUGGUAUGCUGUAGGGUGGGUUGAUCCUAAGAGCAAGUACUGCACCAAAGUUGACACUUCUGGGAACACCAACCCUAUUUGGAGGACUAAAUUUGCUGUUCAGGUUGAUGACUCUGAGCCAGAUCUUGCACUCCACGUGGAGGUUUACAGCAUAGAUCCUGUGUUUCUAACUGAGAAGCUGCAUGGCUCAGCUACUGUUGUUCUCAGAGAGUUUCUGGCUAAGGAGGUCCACAACAACUCUGAGGAAGUGGGAAGCUACCAGUUGAGAAAGAAGAAGUCCAACAAACCAAGUGGUUUCGUUGAUGUUUCAAUCCGUGUUUCUGAGGACAAGGAAGAACCUAAUUUCCACCCACAAGGUGAUGGGGGAGGAAUAGUGCUCUUAGAUUAUGGCAACAAUAGUACUAUUCACUUGACCACUGGGACUGGAUUUGGGCAACCCUAUCCACAGCAAAAGGCUCAAGCUUCUUUCCAUGGGCCACAGAAACAGGCCCAAACAAAUGUCCCCCACUCACAUCCAGUGCCAUUUCCUGCAGACUAUGCUACUAACCCUUAUGUGGGUGGACCAAGCUAUGCACCUGCUGGACCAAGUUAUCAACUACCCAGAACAACAACUCCAUCACCCUCAAAUGUUAAUUAUGCUCCCAAUUUUUUCCCAAGUAGUGGUGGCAUGGCACCUAGUUAUUUCAACAUGCCAUCAUCAUCAUCAUCUGGGGCAGGUCCUAGGCCAAGGGGUCCUCCAGGAUUUGCAAUUGGGGCAGGUGCCGGAGCAUUGGCCGCUGGGGCUGUAAUUUUUGGUGAUAACAUCAUGUCAGGAUUUGAUGUUGGAGAUCCCACUCUUACCAUUGCAACUGAUCCUCUUUUCUGAACUAGAAUUAAGCAGUUUUGUAAUUAUUAUUAUGCUGGGUUGCACAUAUAUAUGUAGCCUACUAGAUAUGGUCAUUGUGCCAUAUAAAAGAGUUAUGCAUGCUUUGGGAUUAAAAUUAACCUGUUAGAGUUUCCUUCUUC